AUGUCGGAGAUGGAGAAUGGAACUUCAAACGGCGAGGGUACGCCGCGGUUCUCCUAUGACUGGAACUUGACACCGAUCUGCAGCAGGUGCUUCCCAGCCCUCAUCAAAAAGCAGCUAGGGGCAGAGUUUGUGGGCACCUUCAUCCUAAUCUUAGCUGGGACUGCAGCCCCAAUUGUGAACCAGAAGUACAGCAGCAGUGAAUCUCUAAUUGGCAAUGCCACUGCCGCUGGACUGGCGGUCGUGGCGGUAGUCCUAUCAAUAGGUCACAUCUCUGGUGCCCACCUUAAUCCGUCACUCACUAUCGCCUUCGCAGUGCUCCGUCGCCUCCCCUGGGGCCAUGUCCUCCCCUAUAUUGCCACCCAGGCUGUCACGUCCAUCACUGCAGCCUUCGUCGUGAAGGAAAUCUUCGACUCCUCCCUCUAUGCCGCAGUCACCAUCCCUACUGUUAGUAUCCAACGAGCAUUCGCCGUUGAGUUCAUCAUCACCUUCAACCUAGUGUUCGUCGUCACAGCAGUCACCACAGAUACUCGAGGAGUGAAAGAAUUGGCGGCAAUAGCAGUUGGAGCAACCAUAAUGUUUAAUGCCCUGAUCGCUGGGCCACUAAGUGGAGCCUCAAUGAAUCCGGUGAAGACGCUCGGGCCGGCAUUGGUUGCUGGGAUUUACACCCAGAUGUGGAUAUAUUUCUUGGCACCAACACUUGGGGCAGUCACGGGAGCUCUUGCCUACAAGCUGGUACAGGUCAAUCAUGAGGACGCGGUUGCACCUAGGUCGGGGCAAAGCUUUUGACAGCUGAUGCCAGAGACAAUGUGGUAUUUAUGAUGAUGUUAGAUAAAGCAGUCAUGCCUAUAGGAAGUUAGGGGUUUGGUACUUGUGCGAAGUUGGGAAAAUAUGCAGUAACCUGACUCUCAUUUUUCAGGUUGAAACUGUCUAUAUAAUGGGAUGACAUAGAUCUAAUAGAUAUGAAUUCAGUCACAAAAUGAAAAGGAAAAAGAAAAUCCUGGAGUACAAGGACUUAAUUGAAUGCAAGAAACUGAAAAAGUCCAACUUAAUGUGCCCCAAAUAAAAAAGUUAUAGUGCAAAAAUAUACUUGCAGUAUAAUCAACUGCAUACAGCCAAACAGCAUUGAUGCAGUUAUAAUUGAUACACACAGCAUUUCCAACUGCAUGUAAACAAACAGCCCCUGUCGUAUAGAUAGACCCAAAAAGAUCAUACUAUAUAGGAACCUAACUAAUCCAAAAGGCUCUUUCUACAUCCUAUUUGAUUGAUCAAACUUUUU